CUGUGCGACAGGUUUACCACGCGUGUUCGUCUCGGACCAACUUUAGCCAAGUCGGUGGGAACCUGGUGACCCACUGAAUGCCCCGAGGCGGCGUGACAAGUUGGCAGAGGGGGGAAAAGGACACGCAUCACUAUUUUUAAAUGGGUACAGUGAGAUUUGGGGGGCGUGGACGUACCAGCAGCAGCGAGCGUGUUGGCUCUUGGCUGCAGUUCCAGUGUAGUGAUGUGCCGGCUUGAAGAACUGGACUACGCGUAGACGGAGCGGUUGGACGCGUAGCCGUACGGUGGCAGUCAAUCGUCGGGUGCAGACUUAAUCUCAUUUUUAAGCCCGUUUGGCAUUGUUUCGAUAGAUUUCUUCAACGCGUUGCCUAAGCGGUGAAAACGUUUUCUAUUUAAGAGGCAGCAGUUGUGCGUAACGGCCGAAAUCUGGGCGAGCAGCUAUUUGAAUGACAAUAGUUUGAGGCAACUGCUUCCUUAUUUGUUUAAGGAAGCCUAAUUAUUGAAAGUGACUGCGCAUGGUGUUACAGUCUCACUGACUGUGUCAGACUGAGCCUUUAAUUCACUUACGGCUCUGUUGUUAUGUCUUUAAACACCGCGGACUCCUAAGGCUGGGGAUGGUCACCAAACCUUUGGUAUGGAUUAUCCAAAAAAUGUUUAAUCCAGUUUACUUUACUUUUCUUAUACUCAGUGAAAGCGUACACUAUCAACCACCUUUAUAAUGCGUUUGAAACGCCAAAUUGGAAAGUAAUUAUCACUUUAGUGUCUUCUUCUCUCCGAGUUGUAGCCGAUCUGGCAACAGCAACAAUGACGAGCAACGGACCUGUCAUCGUCUACGAGUGGCUGAAGACCCUCCAGCUUGCUCAGUAUGUCGAGUCUUUUGUGGAUAAUGGAUAUGACGAUCUGGAGGUUUGCAAGCAAAUAGGAGACCCCGACCUGGAUGCCAUUGGCGUCUAUAUCCCUCACCACCGGCAGAGGAUUCACGACGCAGUGAGGAGGCUGAAAGAGGAAGCCCAAGAGACGGCUAGUGGACUGUACUUCACCCUGGAGCCGAUGCCCCCCGCAGCCGAGAUUUAUACCAGUCACAUGGUGGACCAGUACGAGUCCAAACUGCGGGGAUCCAAGUCAUGGACCGAGCACAACAGUGACCGGGUUGGGCGCAACGGUGGGUACGUGGGCGCGCAGAGGAACCUGACGCUGGGCAACAGGAGGGAGCUGGUGAUUUACCCCAAGCUGAAGCUGAAGAUCAUGAUCAGGGAUAAGCUCAUCAGAGAUGGCAUCAACCUCGGCAAGCCGCCCUACUCGAAUAAGAAGUGUGAGUGGUUGCUGUCACAGUGAAUGAUGGGAAUGAAGUUGCUGCAGAUCAAUAAGCA